AUGGAAGCAAACAAGCCUAAACUUGACAGGAAAGAUGCGGUAGAUGCGCAGUCCAUCGUGUCUAUCAAGGCUUGCGAUGAUGUGCAAGCCGUCGCUAAUACCUUUCAGAGCGAUGCGGAGAAACGGCUUGUUCGAAAGGUGGAUCUCACUCUCAUGCCUACCAUAUGGGUGCUCUACUUGUUUUCUUACGCAGACCGCACCAAUAUUGGAAAUGCCAAAGUCGCGGGCAUGACUGCUGAUCUUGGCAUGUCUUCCGGGCAGUACUCGCUGGCACUUGUGGUCUUUUUCAUUUCCUACAUUGUAUUCGAAGUCCCCAGUAACCUGGUUCUUUCGAAGACGCGCCCUUCAAUUUAUCUUCCGAUUAUUAUGACAUUAUGGGGGACUAUUACCUGCACUAUGGGGGCGGUCAAAAGUCCCGGUGCCUUGUAUGCUGUCCGGUUUAUGCUGGGUGUCCUGGAGGCCGGGUUUGCCCCCGGCGUCAUGCUCAUUCUGUCGUCUUGGUACAAGCCGCAUGAACAAGCAAAGCGAUUCUCGAUAUUCUACUCUGCGGCCGUUAUCUCGGGAGCUUUCGGUGGAAUCGUUGCUGGCGGGAUAUCAGGUUCACUGGAUGGCGCCCAUGGCAUUGCCGGGUGGCGAUGGCUUUUUGUAUGGCAUCGCAUUCUACGAAUCAAUUAUUCGGAACUAACAUGGAAUCCAGAUCGUGGAAGGGGAGCAACGAUUGCCUGUGCUCUUAUCGCAGUAUUUAUUCUGCCGGACUAUCCAGCGACAACGAAACGAUUCACACCAGAGGAAAGGACACUUGCUGUGGAGCGACUCGAAAUGAAUAAUGUCGUCAUUUCAACCGAGGAAAGGACACCGCUCAGCUCGCUAGAGGCACUAAGAGGCUCGUUGACCAAUUGGCGGACGUGGAUUAUGACGGCUGGAUACACCGCUAUCGGAGGAUCCGCGACCAUGUCAUAUUUCUAUCCAACCCUGGUGGCAGAAAUGGGCUACAGCUCGACUAUGGCGGAAUACAUGGUGGUUCCUAUAUAUGCCGUGGCGUUCUUCGCAGUGUUAACCACCGGAUACUUGAACGAUAAAAUACCAAAUUACCGGGGUCUCAUAAUCGCCGGCUGGCUCACCAUAUCGAUGAUCUGCAGUAUCAUCAUAUGCACAGUCUAUAACCUGAAAGCAAGAUACGUCUUCCUGGUGUUCAUGGCAUCUGGCCUACUCUCGUCCAAUGCGUCGUCUCUCGCCUACAGCUCCUCGACAUUCGCGUCCAUGCCACAGGAAACCAGAGCAGUUAGUCUAGCUUUUGUGAACGGCAUCUCUGGCAUAUCACAGAUAUACGGGGCAUACCUAUUCCCUGAUACAGAUGCCCCGAAAUAUUUGAUGGGGUUCGCUGUCAUCUCUGCUUUAUCUGCGGCGAGUGUUGGGAUUUACACCCUGGCUCAUAUUUUAAUCCGAAAAUAUCCUCACCCGAACCCUUGA